UACAAGUAUCUUUUCUAUACAUACCUUAAUUAGUCGAGCUUAUUAGAAGACAAAUGGAAUUAGGAUUCUUUUUAAUUGUUCCAUUUUCAUUGCUAAUAUGUUAUUUUUUGAAGAAAUUGUGGUUAAUUAGUCAUAAUCAUAAUCAAAAUGGAGAAUCAAGGGUAAAUUUUCCACCGGGAAGUAGAGGAUUACUCCCUUAUAUUGGAGAAACCUUACACUUCGUUGCAGCAAUCUAUAGCAAACAUGGUUUUUAUAGCUUCGUUCAAGCUCGACAUCUAAGGUAUGGGAAUUGUUUUAAGACGCACAUAUUCGGGGAGACUCAUGUGUUCGUGUCUAGCACGGAAUCGGCGAAGGAGAUAUUGAGCAAUGAUUUAGGGAAAUUCACAAAGAAGUAUAUUAGGUCAAUUGGAGAGGUAAUUGGGUCAGAAAGUCUACUUUGUGCAUCACAUAAAAGCCACAAGCUAAUUAGAAGACAUCUUCUUGACUUGUUUACUUCAAGAUCUAAUGCUGAUUUCACCAAACAAUUUGAUGAAUUGGUAGUAAAAUCUCUAUCAAAAUGGGAAUAUAAAGAAAAUGUGGUCAUUCUUGAUGAAGCACUUAAGAUGAGUUGCAAAGCCAUGUGUAAAAUGUUGCUGAGUUUAGAGGAUGAAAAUGAGGUAUAUAUGCUACAAAAUGAUGUUUCUUGUGUUUGUCAAGGAAUGCUUGCAUUUCCCUUGAAAUUUCCAUGGACUGCUUUCAGCAAAGGUCUUCAGGCAAGAAAUAGAAUCAUGAAGAUGCUAGAGAAGAUGAUCCAAGAGAGAAGAGCAAGACGACAUUCAACAGUAAUCCAUGAUAGUAAAGAUUUUCUGCAGUGUCUAGUUGUAGGUAGGGAAUGCCAACCAUCUUCUUCUUCAGAUACAGAACCAACCUUAACAGAUGCUCAAAUCAAAGAUAACAUAUUAACCAUGAUAAUUGCAGGUCAGGAUACCACAGGAAGCGCAAUGUCAUGGAUGGUGAAGUACUUGGACGAUAAUCAAGAAGUACUCAAAGCUUUACAAGUAAAUACAUCAUACAAGCUAGUUUUACAUACGUGCAGGUUAAAACAAGUAAUUAUAUUCAUCAAAUUUCAUUUUCUUAUAACAAAAAUGAAGGAUGAAAUACACAGCCUAGAGAAGAGAGUUACAGACAAAUCAUUUCUUACAUUAGAAGAUCUCAAUGAGAUGAUUUAUGCUGCAAAGGUAGUUAAAGAGAGUUUGAGGAUGGCAUCCAUAGUACCAUGGUUCCCAAGAAUAGCACUCCACGACUGCAACAUCUUGGGAUAUACGAUAAAGAAAGGAUGGAAUAUAAAUGUGGAUGCUAGAUCUAUACACUGUGAUCCUACAUUAUACAGAAAUCCUCAUAAGUUUGAUCCCUCCAGGUUUGAUAAUGAAGCAAAAGCAUACAGUUACUUAGCAUUUGGCGUAGGAGGAAGAACAUGCCUUGGCACGAAUCUUGCUAGAAUCAUGAUGCUUGUGUUCCUUUACCGUUUACUUACCGCUUACAAGUGGGAAGUCACUGAUCCAGACUCCAGUGUGGAAAGUUGGGCAUUAUUUUCGAGGUUAAAAACUGGUUGUCCUAUCCGAAUUACACAAGUUUACAAUCAAACUAAUUAAAUUCAACCACAAAUAAUUAGUACAUCUCAUUACCAUCCUAGCUAGCUUGUAAUAAUAAUGAAGUGACAUCUAUCUUUACAAUUUUUAUUUGUUUACUAAGAUGGGAAGUAUGAUGGAAAUCUUAUAGUUGAAAGGGUAAUCAUCACACCCCUAAACGAAGACGCUGAUAGGAUAAAUAAUAAGGUUUUCGAAAAGUUUCUCAGAGAAGGGAAAACA